AUUAGGUCCCUCCUUCUCCUCCCUCCUUGCAGAACACUCGAAUGACUCGACGGGGGUUUUCGCCAUUUUCUAGUUUAUACGACAAGCGGCUUUCGUCGGUGCUCCGUUUAAAAGCAGCGACGCCCGAGUGCUCCGGCGUUUUUAGCUAAAACGUGGUAUUGUAAGAGCGCAGGGUCACCUCCUCUUGGGCUGAGUCUAGACUCGAGUCGCUUUGUCUUCAUGUAGGCUGAUACUUGAAAGUCAUCCAGAUAGUCUGGUAGACUAGUGCGACGUGUAGUUGGAUGCGUUAUGCGCAUUCAUUUCGCAACUUCGUUCAGAUCUAAAUCAUCGUUGUAAGCUUCCGCGCCCUGAUAGAGUGGUUUUAGCACCCACAUAUCAAGACGAACACUGAUGGAAGGUUUUGCUGGAGGCCGUUCUUGUUUAUGAAGGCUGUAAAUCAUGCAACCGAAGUGUCGUUGGGCGACUUGCACGUGGGCGUGGAAUGGACGUUCCUGUGAUUCCAGCUGUGUUACCCUGCGGCCGAGACAUGCAAGUGGUGCAUUGUCGAUCGAGUGAAAACGUUCUGAUCGUCGUCUGUGCAAGUUGUGCACCGGACAGUUAGCUGAAAGUGGGCCCAUCUACGACAAUAGGAAACGGCGAAGAAAAGAAGAAGAAAGCCGAGUCACUGCACAACACCGAAGCCUGGCGUUCACCUCCCACUGAAAUCCUCUGUACCCUCUGCUAUCGCCUGUGCGGAGUAGUCACAAGUAGGACUGACUCUGCUGAAGCUCCUUUCUCUUCCAUUAUCCCCUCCUCGCUCUCUAAAAUCCAACUGUCGUCUUCGUACCGGCAAGCACUUCACUCAAGCUCUGGCCAGCAUGGUUCGCGUGGCUGUGAUCGGUGCCGGGGCAAGUGGCCUCACUGCUCUCAAAGCGUGCCUCGAAGAAGGCCUCGACGCCGUGUGCUACGAGAAGACAGAGGACCUUGGAGGCCUGUGGACGUACCGCGAACACAACGUGGAUGGCGUCGCCUCGGUCAUGUUCUCCACUACCACUAACUCUAGCAAGGAGCUGUCGGCGUUCAGCGACUUUCCGCCACCGUCGCAGUACCCGAACUACAUGCAUCACCGUCUCGUCUGUCAGUACCUGAAUGACUACGCCGACACCUACGGCCUGCGCAGUUACGUACGCUGCUUGCACUCCGUAACUAAGGUAAAUCCUACUUCCGAUCACGAUGAGACGGGACGGUGGGAGCUGCUGGUGCAUGACAUCGAGGAAGACACGACCCUUGUGGAAACCUUCGACGCCGUCAUGGUUUGCACUGGUUAUGACCACACUCCCGUCAACACAGAGUUUCCCGGCCUCAGUGACAGGUUCCGAGGUCGCGUGAUGCACGUAAGAGAAUACAAGCGGCCCAUCGGAUUCGUCGGUGCGAAGGUCUUGGUCGUUGGACUUGGAAACUCCGGCUGUGAUGUGGCUGUUGAGUUAAGCGCCAUCGCCGACUCUGUGUACGUGAGCACGAGGCGUGGCUGCUGGACCAUCCCUCGCGUCGCAUCGCGAGGUGAGCCCUUCGACACAGUCAACGUGCGGCGCUCCUGGAACUGGCUCUUCCACCGGCUUCCGUACUCGAUUGUGUGCAGUGUGUGCGAACGCGAAGCCAACCAGCGCUUCGAUCACGCCCGCUACAACCUAGCCGCCCAACACCGCAUCCACGGCCAGCACGCCACCAUUAGCGACGCGCUUCCUUCCAAGAUCCUCAACGGAACGAUUGUAGUCAAGGGUGACGUGCGGUGUUUCACCGAAGACGGCGUCGUCUUCGAGGAUGACCACAAGGUCGCCACAGUUGUCGACGUGGUCAUCCUUGCCACCGGGUACACGGCGCACUUCCCUUUCAUCGACGACUCCGUGCUUCCCGUCCGCGACAAUCGCGUGCGCCUCUACAAGUACGUCUUUCCCUCGUUUAUGGAGAAAGGAACGAUGGCUUUCAUAGGAGCCGUGCAACCAGAAGGCAGCCUGUUCCCUAUUUCAGAAAUGCAAAGCAGGUGGGCGGCGGGAGUGUUCGCGGGACGCUACGAGCUUCCGGCCGUCCAGGUCAUGGAAGAAGACGUGGACCAGCGGGAACUUCGCGUGCGCGAGCGUUACAUUCCCGGUAGCCGGCACGCCCGGCAAGUGGACUGGAUAGAGUACAUGGACGAGAUGGCCGAACUUGUAGGUUGCAAGCCACGGCUGGGUCGACUGCUUCUUACCGACCCAGUUUUGGCGUGGGCCUGCGUGUUCGGACCAUGCCUGCCCUACCAAUACCGGCUACACGGUCCCGGACCGUGGCCCCGCGCGAGGCAGCAAAUACUGGACUUUUGGGAGAACUACAGGCUGGGUCUCGAGACGAGAAAGUUGCCGUGGUUGAAGCCGAAGCCGUGGGGCGCAUUGGAGACAAAGGCGACGGUGGUUGACCUAAAGGUUGCCGUCAUGGCAUUGUCUUUCCUGGCAGCCGGACUCAGAGUGAAGGCACUACGUUUGCUCUUGCUUAGAUGCCUGGCACUUUUUAUGCAACUUGCUUGGACACUAAGCGAAGCUGUGCAGACACGAAAGGUCCAUAUACUGAAGCCCGAUGUGAAAAGUUAUUUCAAUGUUUUGUCACGUAUGACGAUGUGAUGGAGAGACUUGUAGAUUGCGAGAUUUGGCAUAUGCAUUGAUUGAGGAGCUGUGUAAAAGAAGAGAAGGAAGAAGUCAAGCCAGGACGGUCGAUGACUGCAUCAGCGGGAGGAAGAGAAGCUUCGAUCACAUGGCAUCACCAUUAGUUAAUGAAUUUUUUCGUUAGUACACGGACACCAAAGAACUCAAAUGGGCCGGUGCCAUGGCCGUCGUCCAAUGCUUAAGAGCGCUUUUACUAAUGUCCAAUUAAUUGUUCUUGUAGCGAUUAAAACUCAUUCAUCUCGAUUGUUUCGCUUUCCCCGAGU